AUGGAGGGUGUAGCAUUGGGUGUUCUAUUGAAUACACUGAAAUCCGUGGUGCUGGUAUAUAUACAGCAGCAGAAGGAGCAAUCGCGGGUGAUCAAGGAUGCUACUGAAAACGUGGAUCAGCUGGAGAAUGAUAUCUGGUUUUUAACAAAUUUUGAGGAAGAGUCCAUGAAAAGACGUAAGAAGGAGAAUUUAAUCAUGAAAGAGCUCCUCAGGGACGUGCGUAGCAGUAUUUACGAUGCACGAGACGCCAUUGACUCCUUCCUGGCUGGUGGCGUCGGAAAGCCAAAAGCAAAGCUCGCCGAAAUCGCCCAACUUGUGGAGUCCAUCAGAAAAAAGAUCACACCUCUCCGCCACAAGGUUGAAGCGCAAUAUGAAACCGGCGGCAUCCAGAAUGCCCAGGAUGAAGAAUCUGCAGAAUAUAUGUACCCACCAGGAAAACCCAAGUAUGUGGUGGGUUUUGAUGCUAAGGAACAACAAAUAAAGGAUCGUCUUACUCAACAUACCCAACACAUCGAUGCCAUCUUCGUUACUGGUAUGCACGGCGUUGGUAAGACAACACUGGUGGCCAAGAUCUUCCAUGAUCCAACAGUUCGAAAUAAUUUCAGCAUACCACCCUUAUGGAUUCGUGUUUCUCAACCUUCAACGAAGAAUAUUUUGCUCGCCAUUCUGAAGCAACUUGAUGAACUCCCUGAAGAUGCAGCUCAAAGGUGUGCUCAAGAUCUAUCCAAAUUGGUUGCGGAAUGCUUGGAGCGAACGAAGUUCUUGAUUGUCAUCGAUGAUGUGUGUGAGAUUGACAAUAUGCUCAUGACUGCUUUUGAGAAGAGCAAUGAAGAUAGCAAAAUCUUGAUCACCAGCAAUAAUAAUGAGACGGCGAGAUCAGUGGGUCGGGAUAAUCCUUCCAUAGAGUUGCAGCCGCUGAAACGUGAAGAAAGCUGGAAUCUACUGCAAUAUAUGGUUUUUGGCGACGUCGGAUGUCCUCCCGAGUUGGAAAAAAUUGGGAACCUGAUUGCAGUGCAGUGUGAUGGCCUGCCAAAGACAAUAGAGAUCGUGGCUGGUAUUCUUGCCAAGAAGGAUUCAAGGAAAUUUGAAAUGAAUGAAAGGCUAAAAAUUUGGAAAAAUGUAAGCGGAAGCAUGCGUAUUUAUUUCAUUAAAGACCAAGGGAGGUCAAAUAUACUGUCAAGUUACCAUAACUUGGACUCUGACUUGAGACCUUGCUUACUUUAUAUGGGAAUAUUCCCACAGCGCUCUAAGUUUUCGGUCUCAAAAUUGAUUCGGAUGUGGAUUGCAGAAGGAUUUGUUCGGGCAAACGAAAGUUUGAGCUUGGAGGAGAUUGCACAUACCUAUUUGAAAUCUCUUAUUGACAGAAAUUUGGUUAUUGUUGAUGACCAAAAACCAGAUGGCUCAGCUAAAAUAUGCAGCAUGAAUUAUCUGAUGUACGAGUUUUGCAAAACUGAAGCUGGAAAUGAGAGAGAGAACUUUCUUGAAGAAGUGAAGAAAUCUAAAACAGAUGGAGCUUUUCUUCCUUCAAUUGAUGAAGUGGAGAAAUAUCGUCGUGUUUGUGUUCACACUGAUCUCUCUAAAUUCAUCUCUACAUUUAUCUCUUUAAGAAGUCGCAGUAGCCUCCGAGUCCGCCUCCGGUCGUUUAUUUCCCACUCAAAAGAGACUUGCCCCCUAAAGAAGAAAGACAUUUCGGUCAUUCGUGCAGCUUUCACACUUCUUAGGGUGUUGGAUGCUAAGCCAAUGGGAUUCACCGAAUUUCCUGGCGACUUGUACCGGCUGGUUCAUCUGCGCUACGUCACCCUCUCUCUCAAAGGAGAUGUUCUUCCUAAAGACAUCUACAAGCUUCGCAGCAUACAAACUCUUGUAGUUCAUACAACGUCGCCUUCCCUCAAGAUCAAAGCUGAUAUCUUGAAGAUGACUGAGCUAAGACAUUUUAAGACAAAUGCAUCUGCGACUUUGCCCAAGACAGACACGAAGUGCAAUGAUGGUGAACAGCUUCAGACACUGUGUGGAAUUUCACCAAAAAGUUGCACAGAAAUCUUCUUUGACAAGGCUCUCAAUUUGAAGAAGUUGGGCAUCCGCGGGCAGCUGGCAUUGCUUGUUGAUGGCAGGAAUGAGUUGUUGAGGAAACUGGCUAAUGUCGAGAAACUGAAGCUACUGAAUGACGUAACAGGUUCAAAUUCGAAAUGGAAACUGAUGGAUGUAACGGGUUCAAAUUCGAAAGGGAAAUUGUUUAGCCUUCCUCAGCGCUCUGAUCAGUUUCCUCCCAAUAUGGUAAGCCUAACGCUGUCCGCCACUGAUCUUGCUUGGGACCAAAUCAAAAUCCUCGGAUCACUGCACAAUCUCGAGGAGCUCAAGCUGAAAGAUAAUGCAUUUGUGGGGGACAAGUGGGAGUUCAGUGGGGACGACAAAGGUUUACCCCAUCUUCAAGCCUUGCACAUUGAAGGCCUGGAUUUCGUUCAUUGGCAAGCUUCAAGUGUUUACUUCCCCGAGCUCAGAAAGCUUGAGCUGUCCAACUGCACCAAACUUAUGGCGCUCCCGCUUGGCCUCGCUGAUAUAGUGAAUCUUAAGAAGUUGCAGUUGAGCAAUACGAUAUCUGCUAAUGCCUCUGCCCGAACCAUUCGUGAUGCUAAAAAAGGAGCUUCUUUGGAUCUCCAUAUCUCUUGA